GCAUUGCAUAAAGCAUACAGAACGGACAGCGCUUCCGCUAUUAAAUCCCCUGGAUCAGCGUUUUUGUUGUUGUUGUUAGAUUCACCGCAAUUUCGUACUCAUACAUACACAUUUCUUUUUUUCUUUGUUCUUUAUCUCUAGAAGACACCUGUUACGAUGCUCCUACACGACGUAAACCAAUAUUCCUAUUAUUACUGUUAUACUUCCUAGUACUUUGAUCCUUUUUUUUUUGGAGGGGGAGGCUGUCGGCAUGAAAUCCGCGCGAGAGCCGGUGGACCACGUGCGGGUCUGCUGCCGGGUGCGGCCCCUCAACGCCCAUGAGCAGCAGCUGUGCACGGAGGUCUGUGUGGACUACCCGAGCCGCACCACGGACGCCAUCGAGUGCAACACGGCAGCACCCGCAGCGUCGACGAGCACUACCGACAACGCAGGCACCCUCCGCGACGCAGCCCACAGCACCAACGUUGCAGAGCACCACAGGUUCACAUUCUCACGUGUGUUUCGCGCGGAGGCGGGGCAGGCGGAGGUGUACGAACACGUAGCCAGGCCCAUCGUGACGGAUGUGAUGUCCGGCUACAACGGCACAAUUUUUAUGUACGGUCAGACGGGCAGCGGCAAGACACACACGAUGUUCGGGGACAUGAAGGGCAGCGCGUGGUCGGCGAGAAGUGAUGGCGUAGGCGCCGCCCGACCGUCUACUCCCCUCUCGGCGGAGAGCGAGAUGAACGUGGAGGAGGAGGAGGAAGAGGGCGAGCAUGCGAAGGAAAGCCGCUGCCCUUCAGAGAAUGAAGAAGCGGAGCACAACGAAGAGAAAGCCAACGAUGAAUUCUUUCGAUAUUCUGUGAGGGCCGCACCGACAUCUGUCGCCACUGCCACGGACACGGGCAUUGACACCUCUUCGGCUUCGUCGUGUUUCUGUCGCGCACGGGCCACCUUCACACCUCUCGGCGAACUACGCCAAAUCAACACGCUGCAGACGGCGGCUGGUGUGGCAGACUAUCAGCAGAAGAGUAGUGGCACGACAACGACGACGGGGGACGGCCGUGCUCCGAGGAAGCUGGCUCAUGUGAGAAUCAGCAAAACACAGGAACGUCGAACUCGAACCGCUUUCGCACAGGACUCCGUGAGCGGCGUAAUUCCCCGCGCGGUGCACGACGUCUUCCACGCGAUCGCCGAGGCGGACCCGUCCACCGAGUUCGAUGUGCAGAUGUUCUUUGUGGAGAUCUACAUGGAACAGAUCCGCGAUCUUCUCGCCCCUGCAGCGUGCAGCAGCGGCGGCGGUCACACCCACCAUCACCCUGCUCGCAAGUUGCAACUCCGUGAAGACGUCAGCACAAACUCGUUUUACGUGGAUGGGUGCCGCAUGCCGCACGUGUCCUCUGCGAGCGAAGUGCUGCAGCUCGUGAAGGCGGGCUUAAAAUACCGCGCGACGUCGGCGACGGCGAUGAACGAGGCGAGCAGCCGCAGCCACUGCCUUCUGAACCUCACCGUGAAGAGUGAGAACCGCACGCGCUGCACCUCCACGGUGGGCAAGCUGUACCUGGUGGAUUUGGCUGGCAGUGAAAAGGUCGGUAAGACAAACGCGACGGGGCUGCGGCUGGAGGAGGCGAAGCUGAUCAACAAGUCCCUCUCCACCCUUGGCAUGGUGAUCAUGUCGCUGACAGAUCAGAGCGCCACCCACACGCCCUACCGAAACAGCGUGUUAACAAAGAUUCUCAAGGACUCGCUCGGCGGCAACUCGCACACGGCGCUUGUGAUUUGCUGCAGUCCGUCGCCGUACAACGCACAGGAGACGCUCUCCACCCUGCGCUUUGGCGCGCGUGCGAAGGCGAUCGAGAACAAGGCCGUCGUGAACCGUGAACUGACGGCGGCGCAGCUGAAGCGCAUGCUUGACUCCGCUAAGGAUGAAAUAGGGCGUCUGAACGGCCGCAUUCGGCAGCUGAUGCAUGCGGACGCGCCCAGCGGCGGGGGCAGCAACCGCCACGACGCCAUGUUCUAUGACUCCUUUGUUGGCCUGGCCGCUCUCACGGAAGAGAGUGGGGGGACGGUGGAGUCUGACGGUGACUUCCCCGCUUCCGCCGGUCGCAAGCUGUCCAACGCCUCCGUUGCCGCCAGCGCUGUGCAGGAUACCAGUCGCAUCAGUGCGCUGCUCGAGGAGCGGGCGACGCAGCAGGCACGCCAACAGCAGCUCCGCGCGGAGGCAGCGCAGGUGCAAGAUAGCCUGAACACCGCCCAGGAAACCAUUUCUACGUUGCAAGAGGAGCGGGAUGGGUACCUGGACCGAAUUCGAAGCUAUCAGGAAGAGAUAGAGGUGUGGGAGGCCGCGCAUCAAGGCGCACUUCACCGCGCUGCCACGCAGGAUGCGCUGCUGCAGCAAUGCCGAGUACUCCUGCAUACACAGAUGGGUGAGAUCAACGACCUCGUCAAGGCGAUGCAGGACCACGCGGUUCCUCUUGCCCUGGCGAAGGCAGCCGUGGAGAGCUGGAGCGUGGCGGUCUUUGGCCCUGACGCACCGAGCCAGCGCCGACACACCCGAAUCGCAGCUGACGCCGCCACCCCGCUUUCGGUGGGUACCCUCAGGCCGGCAACAGCAGCUACAGCGGCAGCAGCAGCGUUAAGUGAACUGCGAACGGGUGGGCGUAGCAACACUCCAGAAGUCGAGUCGCCGAACCCGCGACGGCAACUCGCUGCCGAUCUCGGCGACGCCUCCAUCGUGCUACCGCAGACGUCGCGCUCGCAGCAGCUGCAGGGCCCGCACACGACGGAGGGCGGUCGCCUCUCCGGCACGUUGCGUGGCCUCUCGCCGGCGGUGGCCGCCGCGCUGGAAUGGCGGUCACGACACCCGUCCGCCGCGCAGGAAAACGUGGACUAUACCGACGGCUGCCCCGCGCGCAGUCGGAGCUCCUCGGUGCAGGCGCAGUACACGCUGCGGUUGGAGGAGCAGCUCAACACACUCAGCGAGGAGCACGCGGCCCUGCAGCAGCAGCACAAGGACGCGCUGGCGGAGCUGCAAUCGAAGCAGCGCAUAUUGGAGCUGCGUCGCGGCCGCCUUGAAAACGUUAAUGAGGAAUUGAAGCAUGAGUGCAGCGUCAACAAGGAGCUGCGGGAGCGACUGGAGAAGGAACGGGAGGCGGUGCGGGCACCGCUGGAGAUGGCGCGCAACGACGCGAACUACUGGCGCCGCCGCUUCGAGGAGCUCGCCAGCCGCCGUGACGGGCUGCGGACCCGCUCCUCAGAAAACGCACGGAGCUCCCUGCACUUCGUCCUUCCGCCACCACCACCGCAAGACGACCGUGGUGCGUCUUCGCUUCUCCCUCUUCCUUCUCGGUCCGACGGCAACGCCGGAAGUUCUGGCUUCGCCGGGGCGGGGGAGGGCCGUCGCACCACGGUUGGAUCGGCGGCCGGCACCUCGUGCCGCGGCUCCGGCGAGGAUGUGCUGCUGAGCCUGUCGUCGCACUCCACACCCACACGCACGCUCGCAUCUUUUCCCAGUUUUGCGCAGCAGCAGCAACAGCAGCAGCCACCAACCACAGCGUCCAGUGUGGCAGGCGGUGCGGGGACGACGGCGGGGUGUGUCGAAGAGGAUGGGGUGUCGCCAAGCGCCACUUCAAAGUUGUGA